AGAUAUUGUAAAGGGAACCACCUUCUUUUAGGAGUCUUCAUGUGAGUACAGUGACCACUUGAUUGCAUAUAUGUAUUUAUAUAUAUCAUCUUCCUAUUGGAACCAACACCAAACUAAACCUUUCUAUACUCCAAAAUCUCAAAACCCUUUUUUCCACUUAUUGAAUGAACAUGAAGCUAAGUUUUAUCUUUAGAACUCAACUCGUCUUCCUUUUCUUUCUACUUUCCUCCUCAAUAAUACUCUCUACUAGGCCACUUACCAGUAAACAAGGGGAAAACGUUAAGUUUGAUAAAAUUACAGGGGAGGACUUUGUUUUCGAAUUAGAAGGAGAUGAAUCUUUGAAGUUGCUAGGAUUGGAGAAAUGCAUUAUUGAAGAUGAAGAAUGUGUGACGAGAAGAAUGACUUUAGAAGCUCACCUAGACUACAUUUACACCCAGCAUCAUAAGCCUUGAAGUCAUAAAUCUAUUUUUCAUAUACUUCAAAGAAAGUAAUUUCAUUUUAAUAAACUUACGAGGUAUUGUUGUUGAUCCUUAUUUUCUUAUAUUUUGAUCUAAUUUCCUUAAACUUUUAUAGUUUUUAAAUAUAUUUGUUAAAAUACUGUAAAUGAUAAAUGAUAUACGAUAGUUUUGGGGUUUCAAUAUAAUUGGGUUCUCAAUUUCA